AUGUUUUACUCGCCCAGAGAAGCUGCCUUUCCAUUGAACCAACAGGACAGUGAUAUCCAGUGCUGGACUGAGAGCCGAUCUGAUGAGGACAGUGACACAGAGGAGUUCAUUUAUGGAAUCCAAGGGAGCUGUGCUACUGACCUGUACCACCACCCUGAGCUGGACACAGAUAUUGAGAGGGUUAAAGCUCUGUACUCAGACACUGCAGUCCAUGUCAGGGAAUAUGGCAUGAUUGAUGACGUGGACAUUGACAUGCAUAUUAAUCUCAGCUUUAUGGAUCAAGCAGUGGCCGAGGCUUGGAAAAUAAACCAGUCAGAACCCAUUGUUAUUCGUCUCCGCUUCUCUCUGUCCCAGUACCUGGAUGGCCCUGCACCUUCAGUGGAGGUCUUUCAGCCAUCCAACAAAAACAGUUGCAGCCUUGGACUACAGUUACAAAAUAUUUUAAGGACGUUCAUAUCUCAGGAGUGGAAAUAUCUUACUAAUGAGAGCAUCACAGUCCAAAGGAAGAGCAGACACAGCUGGUUCAGGCCUGGAGGAACCAUGAAAAAAUUCCGUGCAAGACUUGGCAUCUGGUCGCCAAUAUCAAAGUUUAAUGGGCUCCAGGAACCAACUAAGAGGGGUAGGGUCAUCAUGCCAGAGCUAAGAGUAAACCAGCAAAUAACUCAUAGAAAUUCCUACACAAUCAAAAAUCCUAAAGGAGAGUUCUUCACUUACACUCCCAAUGGAAAGAGGGUGAUGGUGUCAUCAAUCAAGUCCCCAGCACAGCUUACGACCAAGCAGCUGAUAGAGCUGCUGUUCUUCUCCAAUGCCAUAGCAGGCCACUGCAAGGCUGUCCCUCCACUGGAGCAUGGUUUCCUAGUGCAGAUCAUGAAGUAUGCAGAACAGAGGAUACCAACUCUGAAUGAAUAUUGUGUGGUUUGUGAUGAGCGACAUGUGUUUCAGAAUGGCCCUAUGUUAAAGCCUGCGGUUUGUACACGGGAGCUGUGUGUCUUUUCCUACCAUACACUAGGAGUUAUGUCCAGGGCGACAGAAGAAGUUGCAACAGGUGCAGAGGUGGUGGACUUGCUGGUGGCCAUGUGCAGAGCUGCCCUUCAGUCUUCACGCAAGAGCAUCAUAUUUGAACCGUACCCCUCUGUUGUUGAUCCAUGCAACCCCAAAACCCUGGCCUUCAGUCCCAAGAGAAAGAGCUAUGACAGACUACAAAAUGCCUUGGACAGCGUCAUGUUAAUCCAGAAGAUAACACAGGGUCCAUAUUCAGAGUUGAAGAAACAAAUGGACAAGCAAGAUCCUUUGGCUCACCCCUUACUACAAUGGAUAAUAGCAAGCAACAGAUCACACAUUGUCAAGCUCCCACUGAACAGGCAACUGAAGUUCAUGCACACACCACACCAGUUUCUGCUCAUCAGCAGCCCACCUGUAAAAGAGGCUCAGUUCCAAACUGCCAAAAAACUAUAUGGCAGCACAUUUGCUUUCCAUGGUUCCCACAUUGAAAACUGGCACUCUAUACUGAGAAAUGGACUGGUCAAUGCCUCCUACACAAAGCUGCAGUUGCAUGGGGCUGUGUAUGGAAAGGGCAUAUAUUUGAGCCCUAUCUCAAGCAUAUCCUUUGGAUAUUCUGAGAUGGGUAGAGGACAACACCAAAUACCCACCAAAGAAGAAUUUAUGAAAAACUAUGAUCGAAUAAACACAAUUAAACAGGAGCAACCAGGACAGUCCAGGUUUCUGCAGAGCAGGAAUUUGAACUGUAUUGCACUCUGUGAGGUCAUAACUUCAAAGGACCUCCAAAAACAUGGGAACAUCUGGUUAUGCCCAAUACCUGACCAUGUGUGUACACGAUUCUUCUUUGUCUAUGAGAAUGGUCAGGUGGGAGAUGUCGACAUUAACACCCAAGAUGCCGGGAUUUACAUGGAGAUUAUGCAAGUGAUUGCAGCAAUGCCUUGCUGA